UUGACCUAUCACAGACAGCUUUCUUAGUGCCCAGCUCUCGAAACACCGUUCGAAUAAUAUUUUUUAUGUAAUGUUCUAACUUUUAUAAACACUGUGAUAAUCCUUUUUGCUCAAAGAAAUUGAGCCAUGGUGAGAUUAAGUUUACGCAUUUUAUAUGACUCAUCUGCUUUCCAGAAGGCAGCAUACGCUGUACCCAUAGCUUUAGCGGAAAGCUACCAGAUAUUAUCUUCUAUUUCUGUUUUUUGCCACAGCGUAUUUCACUUAUUGUAUGUGAAAAGCGCUAUGUACAUAUCUCCAGCAGCCAAUGACAAUUGCAACGUGCCGUAAGCGGAUCGUCCAGAUCAUCAACCUUUGAGAGGUGGUACUUUUGUAAUCUUACAAAACUCUUAUGUCCCUUAAUAGUGAUUAAUCAUAUUUGACAUGUUCGAUGAAAUAUACAGGAAUACAUCAAACCAAUGUGUGCGCUAUCAGCCGAGUUAUUGCAAAGCAGACAGGUCGCUCAAAGUAAGCGGCGCCGAAUUCACGUUGACGCAGUAAAUGAAAGCGAUAGCAAAAUAAAAGUUAUUGGUGAAUUUUCAAUGCCCAGAAGCAGCAUCCCUUAUGAUUAAACACUUCCAAAUGGUCA